GGAGGAGGCGGAAGAGGGGGGCUUGAGGAGGGGCAGCAGGCGGAGAGCUUAGACUCAGCUUGGGGGGCGGGGGCUGGGCACUGUGCUGCCCCCCAUGGAGACUGUUCCAGGAUGGCCGCCCACUGCAGCGGGGUCCUGGGACUCCCUGGGGUCACCUUUCUCUCAGAGGAGGCAGUCCAGCGGCCCAAGGACCCACCCAAGGUCACAUGUAGACUGUCCUCAGGCAGCUUCCAGCAAGGAGUGCUGCUAAAGGGGCCCAGAGGGGACCUGGGGCUUCAGGCAGGUGGGUCCCCCAGAGUAGGGGGCUGAGGACCCAGUUGAGCUGCUGUAGCCCAGCAGGAGACCAGAGUCUCCAGUGUGCAGUGCCCGGGCCGUUGGGGGCCCACAGGGAGCAGGUCUCUAUCCUGAGCCCCGUGUGGCCUGGGGCACAGGGGUGGGGCUGGGUGAGGCUUCAGAUCCUGCCCCAGAUGUAUUUUCAUGGGUGGCCUUCAAAAUAAGAAAACAACAGCUAGAAAACACAACACCUGUUCAAUUUGAAAAGCUGGUGGUUAUUCUAUUUUAGGUUUUUUUCUGUCCCCCACCCUGCUCCCCCCGCAUGCAGGGGUCUUAGUUCCCCGACCAGGGACUCGAACCCGUGCAGUGGAACCAUGGAGCCCUAACCACUGGACCAUCAGGGAAUGCCCCUCUAGGGGAAUUUCUGUAGGAUGUGGGCGUCAAAAUCUCUUUUCUUCCAUAAAAUGAUGGGUAGAUGACGUCUCCUAAAUCUUGUCAAGCUUAACAAAAUCGGGCUGUGGCUCUGAUGUCGGCGCCACCUGGGGAAGACGGUCCCCGAGGCCCUGUGAGCCGGCUCUGCCGCAGAGCCUCGGCCUGCAGGGUACUUCCUCCCUCGUGGACAGGGUCGGGGUGGCAUCCCCUGUGGGUCCCCUUCCCCUUCCCACGGCGGAGACGGGGUCGGGGGUGGCCUGGGCAGAGUGCCUUGCUCCUUCCUGGGGUCUCUUGGGGCAGGCUCUUCAGAGGCCUACCCCAGAGAGGUGAAGAUCCCAUGUGUGGGCUGGAGGGGGUCCCAGCUCCCUCCAGGGGAACAGGAGGCUACCUGUGAGCGGCCAGCAGGGAGGGAGAGUCUUACAGAGCCAGUGAAAGCUCUGCCAUGCCUUGGGUAUGGUCUGGGAUCCACCCCCAGCCUCAUGGGUGGGGAGCUGGCAUGGGGCCUGCAGGCCUCCUGCCUGUCUCUGUCUCGGGGAAGAAGUGGUGUCUCGGGGGCAGAGGCGGGACUUGGGGGAUCCAGGCUGGGGGCCUAGGCAGCUCACUGUCUGCCUGGCCCCAGCAGUCUGCAGAGGUGGCCAGCUGGGGGCUGGCUGCCUGGAGCAGGAGUGCUGCCUGGAGAGCUCUUUUCUGGGCCUCGCUGGUCCCCUAUCCUGUCCCCAGGAAGCCUCUGAGGCCUGGCUCGCAGAGCGGAUCGCUGGAGUGCCAGCAAAGUCCAGGGCAAGGCAGAGCUGUAAAGCGAGGCUCCCAGUACACUGGGGGUCCCGGGGCAGGAGGGACCUGACCUCAUUUGAUCUGGCCCAGGACAGUUCCCUUCCAGAAAGAAGGGGGCACUCACUGAGACCCCUGAGUCCAAGUCUGGCCAGAAGAAGGCUGGGUCAGUCUCUAGAUGGCCACAAGGUCUGGCCGAGUGCGAAUGGGGACUCCCGGUGGGCAGGCUGAGCUGCAGGUGGGUACCUUCUAGGUGGAGCAUGGCCAUGGCCUCCCGAGGAGUGUCCUGGGACCAUGCCUAGUGAGCACACCGGGCGUGCUGGGCAGGACGGGCCAUGGUGGGGACCGUGGGCUGUGCCCCAGCCCAGCUGCCUGCCCACCUGUCAGGCAGGCCACCUGCGCCUGUGUUCACACGACCAGGGCUUGGACCGCCGCCCAGGAUGGCAGAGGGAAGCGCCGAGCGGCCUGAGCUAGAAACAGAAAGCCCGGCGAGGAAGAGGCCCAGACUCGGGCGGUGAGGAGCUGGGGUGCUGGUCAGGACAGGCCAGGCCCUCCACCCUCCGCAGCUGCAGCCCAGCAGCAGGGCGGCCCGGGGCCCAGGCGGCAGGGCCCGCCCUCGGGAAGGCCGUAGGCCGCACAGCCCUCGGGGAGUCCGGGAGAGCCCAAGGAGAAGGUGACCUUGGCCAGCCCAGCCCAGCCCGGGGCGCACAGGUCAGGGGUGCUGCGGGGCAAGGGCCGAGCCGGGGGCCUUGAGGGGCCGCCGCGAGCUGGCAGUGCCGCCCCUGCUCCCCUCUCUCAGCCGCACAGCCUGCAGAGCCCUUGCUGGAAACACCGAGUGUGUGGGCCAGAAUGCGGGCACAGCCAGCCCCCUCCCCUCCGCCAGGAUCUCCCGGGCAGGGCUUGCCCUCACACAGGGCGGGGCUCCGGGUGGAGCCCGUCUCCGCCGUCUGGCCUUGACGCGCUUCCUGCUUCCUCCUCUCAGGCCAGCGGGAGCACCUGCCGUGUACAGCUGGGCCGCCGGCUUCUCCGAAGGGGAAGCCUUCCUGAAGACACAGUUGCCAGGCCCGCUGUACCCUCGGUGCCCUGGCCGCUUAGAGAGCCUCAGCCCCGGACGCUGGGGGCCGGACCCCGGGACUCUGGACACACACCCACCCGGGCCCCCUGUGGCCACACCUCCUCGUUAGCACCGACCCCAGAAGGCUGGGGGCGUGGGGAGAGAAGGCCCCCGCCAUGGCUGCUCCUAGACCCCACCUGGUCCCCUAAGGCCUGUUAGGUGAGAGGGGCUUUUAGGGCUCACAGGGGCCUCUGCCCCUUGUCCUGGCCUCCCCUUCCCCUCGGCGAGGUGUCACGGAGCUGCAAUUUCGUUAUCUGGGUCAUUAGCUUCAGACCCUGAACUGAGGCUGGCCGGGUCCAGGACUGCUUCCCACAGGGUGGGCACCCUGACCCCACGAGGGAGGGAGGCCUUGUCCAUUGGGCAGCCGAGGUGCCCGGGCCCUGGGAGGCCGGCUGCAGGCGCCCUCCCUUGCUGCCCUUUCUGCCUGGGACCCGGGCCCCUCAUGGCUGCCCGGGUCUGGUCACAGUGGGGGGCCUCCUGACCCAGCCUUGCCAGGGGCAGAGGACACCGAGCCUUAGAGAGGGGAUGCCCCCCAGGGCGCCAGUCCAGCCAGCUGCCCCGCCUCUCAGGCCCAGCCUGGCCCCCGCGCUUCCCCGUCCGGUGCCCCCAGCAGCCCCCCUGGCAGGCAGCCCCCGCCAUGGCCGAGCACCUGGAGCUGCUGGCAGAGAUGCCCAUGGUGGGCAGGAUGAGCACACAGGAGCGGCUGAAGCACGCCCAGAAGCGACGUGCCCAGCAGGUGAAGAUGUGGGCCCAGGCUGAGAAGGAGGCCCACGGCAGGAGGGGCCCGCGGAAGCAGUCACAGAAGGAGGCGGCCGGCGGCUCGCCACAGAAGCGGGUCCUCUUCACCCCCAGCGUUGCCCUUCUGGAGGCGGCUGCCCGGAACGACCUGGAGGAAGUCCGCCAGUUCCUCGAGAGUGGGGUCAGCCCUGACCUGGCCAAUGAGGACGGCCUGACCGCCCUGCAUCAGAGCUGCAUCGAUGACUUCCGGGAGAUGGUGCAGCAGCUCCUGGAGGCUGGGGCCAAGGUCAAUGCCCGUGACAGUGAGUGCUGGACACCCUUGCAUGCCGCGGCCACCUGUGGCCACCUGCACCUGGUGGAGCUGCUCAUUGCUCGUGGUGCCGACCUCCUGGCAGUCAACACGGAUGGGAACAUGCCCUACGACCUGUGUGAGGACGAGCAGACACUGGACUGCCUGGAGACGGCCAUGGCCAGCCGUGGCAUCACCCAGGACAGCAUCGAGCGGGCCCGGGCCUUGCCCGAGCUGCACAUGCUGGAGGACGUCCGGAGCCUGCUGCGGGCGGGGGCAGACCUCAAUGCCCCCCGGGACCACGGGGCCACGCUGCUACACAUCGCCGCGGCCAACGGGUUCGGCGAGGCGGCUGCCCUGCUGCUGGAACACAGGGCCAGCCUGAGCACCAAGGACCGCGACGGCUGGGAGCCACUGCACGCGGCGGCCUACUGGGGCCAGGUGCACCUGGUGGAGCUGCUCGUGGCACACGGGGCUGACCUGAACGGCAAAUCCCUGAUGGACGAGACGCCUCUCGACGUGUGCGGGGACGAGGAGGUGCGGGCCAAGCUGCUGGAGCUGAAACACAAGCACGACGCGCUCCUGCGCGCCCAGGGCCGCCAGCGUUCUCUGCUGCGUCGACGCACCUCUAGCGCCGGCAGCCGGGGGAAGGUGGUGAGGCGGGUGAGCCUGACUCAGCGCACCAGCCUGUACCGCAAGGAGCACGCCCAGGAGGCCAUCGUGUGGCAACAGCCCCCGCCUACCAGCCCGGAGCCGUCUGAGGAGGAUGAGGACCGCCAGACCGAUGCGGAGCUCCGGCGGCCGCCCCCCGAAGAGGAGGACCCAGAGGCGGCCAGGCAGCACAACGGGCGAGUGGGGAGCCCCCCCGGGCGGCACCUGUACUCCAAGCGGCUGGACCGAAGUGUCUCCUACCAGCUGAGCCCCCUGGAGAGCACCACCCCUGACGCCCUGGUCCAGGCCAAGGCCCCCCACACCCUGGCAGAGCUGAAGCGUCAGCGGGCUGCCGCUAAGCUGCAGCGACCCCCGCCUGAGGGGCUCGAGGCCGCUGAGUCUGAACUGCCUGUGGACACCGAGACCCCCCAGCUGGAGUGUGGCUCCGGGGCUGGUGGAGACCCACCCCUGCUCAAACUCACAGCCCCCUCAGAAGAGGCCCGCGUGGAGAAGAGGCCAUGCUGCCUGCUUAUGUGAGGGGCUGGC